UUGCUCUCAGCCAAUCACAGGCUUUGUUUUGGCUAACUGCUACCUUACCCUUCGGCGGCUGUACUGAACCCAAAGCUGAAGCUAUAACGUUACAUCCAUGUACUGAAACCAAAACUCAACAACUUCUAUCGACAUUAAGCUAACAGAAACAAAGCGCUGUCACUCCAGAGGGUCUCUUUCAAAAUGCCUCAGACCAACAAGUCAGUGAGCAGUGGCGGUGCGCAAGGUCAAGUAUCUGCCCCAGACCAGGGUGAGCCACCACCACCACCACCACAGGAUGUCAGGGCCCAGGGGGCUGCUGGGGCUGGAGGUGGAGGAGUCGCUGUGGAAGACCAGGGAGACCCAGAGAUCUUCAGAUCACCCAGUGACCCAAAGAAAUACAGAUACAUUGAGCUGAGUAACGGCCUCCGAGUGCUCCUCAUCUCCGACUUCAGCAGGGCGGACGCAAAGGGAGGCGGUGAAAACGGAGGGGACCAGGGGGAGACAGAGGACCAGGAGGAUGAGGAGGAAGAGAGGGGGGCUGAGGAAGAAGGGGAUUCUGGUGAGGGGUCGGAGGAGGAAGAGGAGGAGAACGAAGAGGAAGAGCAGGACAGCGACUUUGAUGAGCUGGACGAGGAUAACGCGGAGAAGAAGAAGAAGAAAGGGAGCUCUGAGAAGCAGGCGGCAGCUGCACUGUGCAUCAGUGUGGGGAGCUUCAGUGACCCUGAAGACCUGCCUGGCCUCGCCCACUUCCUGGAGCACAUGGUGUUUAUGGGCAGUGAGAAAUACCCAGCGGAGAAUGGCUUUGACGCCUUCCUGAAGAAGCACGGCGGCAGCGACAACGCCUCCACUGACUGCGAGAGAACCAUCUUUCAGUUCGACGUGCAGAAGAAGUAUUUUAGAGAAGCGCUCGACAGGUGGGCUCAGUUCUUCAUCUGUCCUCUGAUGAUAGAAGAUGCCAUCGAUAGAGAGGUGGAGGCUGUGGACAGUGAGUACCAGUUAGCGAGGCCGUCUGACUCUCAUCGUAAGGAGAUGCUGUUUGGAAGUCUGGCUAAACCAGGACACCCUAUGGGAAAAUUCUGCUGGGGUAACGCUCAGACAUUAAAGCACGAUCCCAAAGAGAAGCAGAUCAACACCUACCAGCGGCUCAGAGACUUCUGGAGGAGAUAUUACUCGGCUCAUUACAUGACGCUCACCGUUCAGUCCAAAGAGACUCUGGACACUCUGGAGCAGUGGGUAAAAGAGAUCUUCAUCAAAGUUCCCAACAACGAUGAACCUCGAGCCGACUUCUCUCACCUCCUGCAGCCGUUUGACACGCCGGCCUUCAACAAACUCUACAGAGUCAUCCCUGUGAGGAAGGUUCAUGCUCUGACCAUCAGCUGGGCCGUACCGCCGCAGGGGAAACACUACAGAGUGAAGCCUCUUCACUACAUCUCCUGGCUGAUCGGACACGAAGGAACCGGCAGCAUCCUGUCUCUGCUCAGGAAGAAGUGCUGGGCUCUGGCUCUGUUUGGAGGAAACAGUGAGACGGGUUUCGACCAGAACACCACCUACUCGAUCUUCUCCAUCUCAAUCACCCUGACUAACCAGGGCUACCAGAACUUCUACCAGGUGGUCCAUUUUGUGUUCCAGUACUUGAAAAUGCUUCAGACUCUCGGCCCGCAGCAGAGGAUCUAUGAGGAAAUUCAGAAAAUUGAAGCCAACGAGUUCCACUAUCAGGAGCAGACGGAUCCCAUCGAGUUUGUGGAGAACAUCUGUGAGAACAUGCAGCUGUUUCCCAAAGAGGACUUCCUGACCGGAGACCUGCUCAUGUUUGACUUUGACCCGCAGGUGAUCAGUGCCGCUCUGUCCCCGCUGACUCCCGACAGAGCGAAUCUGCUGCUGCUGUCGCCAGAGAACGAAGGUCAAUGUCCACUCAGAGAGAAGUGGUUCGGUACCAGCUACAACAUGGAGGACAUCCUGGACGAGUGGGCUCAGCGCUGGUCGGGAGACUUCAAACUCAAUCCUGAACUCCACCUUCCUGCUGAGAACAAAUUCAUCGCGUCUGAUUUCGCCCUGAAGGAGUCCGACUGUCCGGACACCGAGUUUCCUGUCAGGAUCACGAACAACGAGCGAGGCUGUAUGUGGUACAAGAAGGACAACAAGUUCAAGAUCCCCAAAGCUUAUAUUCGUUUCAACCUGAUCUCCCCCAUCAUUCAGAAGAGUCCUGAGAAUCUGGUUCUGUUUGACGUCUUCGUGAACAUCUUGGCUCACAACCUGGCGGAGCCGGCCUACGAGGCCGACGUGGCUCAGCUGGAGUACAAGCUGGUGGCCGGAGAGCACGGGCUGGUGAUCCGACUGAAGGGCUUCAACCACAAACUGCCGCUACUGUUGAAACUGAUCGUGGAUCAUCUGGCAGACUUCAGAGCUGAGCCGGGCGUCUUCAACAUGUUCACUGAGCAGCUGAAGAAAACCUACUUCAACAUCCUCAUCAAACCUGAGAGACUGGGCAAGGACGUGCGUCUGCUGAUCCUGGAGCACUGCCGCUGGUCAGUCAUUCAGAAGUACCAGGCCGUCACGAAGGGUCUGACCGUCGAUGACCUCAUCACCUUUGUCACUGGGCUGAAGGCGGAGCUGUACGUUGAGGGGCUGGUGCAGGGAAACUUCACCAGCACGGAGUCCAAAGAGUUUCUGCAGUACUUCAUUGAUAAGCUCCAGUUCCAGUCUCUGUCGGCUGAGGUCCCGGUGUUGUUCCGGGUGGUGGAGCUCCCUCAGAAGCAACAUCUCUGUAAAGUGAAAUCUCUGAACAAAGGAGACGCCAACUCUGAGGUCACAGUCUACUAUCAGUCGGGCCUGAAGAACCUCAGAGAACACACUCUGAUGGAGCUGAUGGUGAUGCACAUGGAGGAGCCCUGCUUUGACUUCCUCAGGACGAAGGAGACACUGGGGUACCAGGUGUACCCGACCUGCAGGAACACCUCGGGGGUGCUGGGAUUCUCCGUCACCGUGGAAACACAGGCCACUAAGUUCAGCACCGAGUUGGUGGAGGCGAAGAUCGAGGAGUUCCUGGUCAGCUUCGGGGAGCGUUUGUCCGGUCUGAGCGAGGAGGCCUUCAGGACUCAGGUGACGGCUCUCAUCAAGCUGAAGGAGUGCGAGGACGCUCACCUGGGAGAGGAGGUGGACCGCAACUGGUUUGAGGUUGUCACACAGCAGUACGUCUUCAAGAGGCUCAACAAGGAGAUCGAGGCUCUGAAGCUGUUCUCUCAGGAGGAGCUGGUCUUCUGGUUCCUCCAACACAGAAACGCCAGCAGCAGGAAGAUCAGUGUACAUGUCGUUGGUUUUGGGGUGGAGGAGAACGACCCACCAGAACCAAGCAGCGCCGACAACCCCGACAUCCCGGCCUCCUCGUCCUACGGUGAAGUGUGCGAGCUGACCUUCCUGCCGACCUCCUCGCCGCUGCUCAAGGACACCGCGCUCAUCAGCGACAUCAGAGCCUUCACCUCCUCCCUCCCGCUCCACCCCUACCACAAAAUCCUCAGCUAGGCCACUCCCACUGGAGACCGACAGGACGGGACUAAAGGCCUUCUUGUGUUAAUAAUAGUUAAGUAACCAUGUUAACAGCUAGCAUCGAUGUCUGAUCGAAGAGGACACUUUUAGGACGGGCGUUUCACGUGUUUAGUUCCUUUGUUUUAUGUACUCGCAGAAAACAAAGGAACUAAAACGGUAUUAAAAACGCUGCAUUCUCAUGCCUUUGGAAAAAUAUAAAGUGUAACUGUGGACACAUAUUUUAAAAGCAUCUCAUGCUCAAACGUUUUAUGACGGUUGAAAUAAUACACAGAAAACUUUAAAAUGCAGAAAAUAACUUCUUUUUUUUUAUGUAGCAUAACGGCUCAACAUAUACAAGCAAAUAAGGAACUGAGUCGACACAAACUAAAGUAUAAACAACUCAUAUCAAAACUGCUAUAAAAUACUGUUCAGCUCACAUGUCAGGCGUCAUAUGAUUCUUGGGAGUUUCAGACAAAGUUGGGUAUUAUGAAAAAUAUUUUCGUUGUUACUGUGAAGAAGCUGAACAGAACCACGUCUCAGCAUUCUGAUGGAUUCAGAUUAGUCCGAUUGUUCAUUUAGUUUUGAGAUGAAGUGACUGCAGCGUGAUGACUCAGGGCUCUGCUUUAAAACACAUGAAACGUCACAGAAGGGCAGGAUUAUCAUUUCAAUGUAGGUGCCAGUACCACUGUUAAAUAAUUUAUUUCUUCUGGGUUUACAUAUACGUGUUCAUACUGUAAUCAUGGAUGAUGUGAAUAAAAUAAAUGUAUAGAC